AAUAGAGAAGAGAUGGCCGCUACUCUCCGAAUGGCUGCCUCGCGUGCUGCUCGGCAAGCCAUUAUCCGAGUCGCGGCUUCCCCUGCCUCUGUCAGCCCUGUGCGGUGCUUGGCGUCAGGCGGAGGGGAAUAUAACCCUUUCACACACUCCUUGGACCGGUUAAACACGAAGAAGGUGGCCCAAACUCUAGACUUGGGCGAUGGGAAGACGCAGAAGAUCUUCGAGCGCAUCAAGGUCGAAUUCCCUCCUGAGCAUUGCCCCCCCAUGAGGCUCUCCGGCCCUGUAGGCAAGAUCACUAGCAAUCUGUACUCGUACGCCUCCAUGAACGGCGUCUUGGACGCGGUGGAGAAAGACUUCCACCUGGUCGAGAAGGAUUUGAUCGGCACGAAGGAAUGGCUCAACAGCAACGGCUGGACUACGACGCAGAAGCUAGAGAUGGUGAACAAGUUCAUGAGCAAGGCGGGGAGCCUGACCCCGUUCACAAAGGAGCUUUUGCCCUACUUCGUGGAACAGAAGAUGCUCAAGCACUUGCCCGAGAUCAAAGACCUGUUUUUCAAGCUGGUCAAGGAGAAGCGCGGCGAGAUCGACGUGUUCGUUACCAGCGCCGACCCCCUUGAUGCGGCAACGCUCAAGCAGCUAGAGGGCCUUAUCAUCAAGCAGAUCGGAUCGUCGGCGGCUAGCAAAGUGAACUUCCACACGGACGUAGACAAGGACCUGGUGGCGGGGCUACGCAUCCGGUAUAAGAGCACCUUGAUCGACAACACCGUCACCCGCAAGGUGUCUGCGACCAAGGACACGUGGGCAAAGGCCUAUCAGGAGGCCAUGGCGUUGUAAGGAGGAAGCUUUUAGAGGUUCGAGGGGGAAGGUGGGGUGGGGACUUCGACUGAAUCGUGCGGGUGGAAGUGGGGCCUCGCGCGGCCCCGUGCAGGACGUAAGGCACUGGAAAGGUUAAGGUGGCAGGGUAGAAAAGUGAACGACGCGAAAGAAGAAUUUGUGAAGAAAA